GGCGGGGGCGGGAGGACAUGGCUGACCGGAGCGCGCCGAGCUGCCACCUGCGGCUGGAGUGGGUCUACGGUUACCGGGGUCACCAGUGCCGCAACAACCUCUACUACACGGCAGCCAAGGAGAUCGUCUACUUCGUGGCUGGGGUCGGCGUGGUCUACAGCCCCCGGGAGCACCGGCAGAAAUUCUACCUGGGGCACCAGGACGACAUCAUCAGCCUUGCUUUGCAUCCUGAACGUGUGUUGGUGGCAACAGGUCAAGUUGGAAAGGAACCAUAUAUCUGCGUAUGGGACUCAUACACUGUGCAAACUGUAUCUGUUCUGAAGGAUGUUCAUACACAUGGUAUAGCUUGCUUGGCCUUUGAUUUAGAUGGUCAGCGGUUGGUCUCAGUUGGUUUGGAUUCAAAAAACACAGUUUGUGUAUGGGACUGGAGAAAAGGAAAAUUGUUAUCGAUGGCUCCUGGUCAUACAGACAGAAUAUUUGAUAUUUCUUGGGAUUUAUACCAGCCGAACAAACUUGUCAGCUGUGGUGUAAAACACAUCAAGUUCUGGAGCUUGUGUGGCAAUUCACUGACACCAAAACGUGGUGUUUUUGGCAAAACUGGUGAUCUUCAAACUAUAUUGUGCCUAGCUUGUGCAAGAGAUGAAGUGACGUAUUCCGGUGCACUGAAUGGUGAUAUUUAUGUAUGGAAAGGAAUCAACCUUGUAAGAACAAUACAGGGAGCACAUGCUGCAGGAAUUUUCAGCAUGAAUGCGUGUGAAGAGGGGUUUGCUACUGGUGGCAGAGAUGGCUGUGUUCGCUUGUGGGAUUUAAAUUUUAAACCAAUUACUGUGAUUGAUCUCAGGGAAACGGACCAGGGAUAUAAAGGUCUAUCUGUAAGAAGUGUUUGCUGGAGAGGAGAUCAUAUACUUGUUGGGACACAAGACAGUGAGAUUUUUGAAAUUGUGGUACAUGAGCGUAAUAAGCCUUUCCUGAUAAUGCAGGGGCACUGUGAAGGAGAGCUGUGGGCUUUGGCUGUCCAUCCUACAAAACCAUUAGCAAUGACUGGAAGUGAUGACCGAUCAGUCAGAAUUUGGAGUUUAAUAGACCAUGCUCUGAUUGCCCGGUGCAAUAUGGAGGAACCCAUUCGCUGUGCAGCAGUUAGUACUGACGGAAUCCAUCUUGCUCUUGGAAUGAAGGAUGGCUCUUUCACUGUGCUUAGAGUCAGAGAUAUGACUGAGGUUGUUCAUAUCAAAGACAGGAAAGAAGCUAUCCACGAACUGAAAUAUUCACCAGAUGGGAACUUCCUAGCUGUUGGUUCCAAUGACAGCUCUGUGGAUAUAUAUGGUGUUGUUCAGAGGUACAAGAAAGUUGGAGAAUGUAUUGGAUCUUUAAGUUUCAUCACCCACAUGGAUUGGUCUUCAGAUAGUAAAUAUAUACAGACUAAUGAUGGCAAUGGGAAGAGACUUUUUUACAGGAUGCCAAGUGGAAAGGAAGUAACAAACAAGGAGGAAUUAAAAGGGGUUCAAUGGGCAUCAUGGACUUGUGUUUCUGGUGUUGAAGUUAAUGGAAUCUGGCCUAAAUAUUCAGAUAUAAAUGAUAUAAAUUCUGUGGAUGCAAAUUUUAUUGGGCAAGUUAUGGUUACAGCUGAUGAUUAUGGAAUUGUAAAGCUCUUUCGAUACCCAUGUCUAAGAAAAGGAGCAAAGUUUAAAAAGUAUCUUGGUCAUUCUGCUCAUGUGACAAAUGUCAGAUGGUCACACGAUCACCAGUGGGUUGUUUCCAUUGGGGGAGCAGAUCAUUCUGUCUUUCAGUGGAAAUUUGUCCCUGAUCGGAAGUUGAAGGAUUCUCUUCAUAUAGCACCCCAAGAGAGUCUGGUUGAUUCUAAUAGUGAUGAAUCAGAUUCAGAUCAGUCUGAUGUUCCAGAGCUGGACUCUGAAAUUGAACAAGAGACACAGAUCACAUAUCGUAGACAGGUUUACAAAGAAGAUCUACCUCAACUUAAAGAGCAAUGCAAAGAAAAAAGAAAAAGUGCAGCUUCUAAGAGACGAGAGAGAGCUCCAGGGAACAGUAUAAGAUUGCAUUUUGUUCAUGGUUACAGAGGUUACGACUGUCGAAGCAAUUUAUUUUACACUCAGACGGGUGAAAUUGUAUACCAUGUUGCAGCAGUGGGAGUGGUGUACAAUCGACAGCAGAACACACAGCGCUUUUAUCUAGGUCAUGAUGAUGACAUUCUUUGCCUUGCUAUUCAUCCCUUAAAGGACUAUGUGGCAACAGGCCAGGUUGGUCGAGAUUCCUCUAUACACAUUUGGGAUACUGAAACAAUAAAACCACUCUCAGUACUAAAGGGCUAUCACCAAUAUGGUGUUUGCGCUGUUGAUUUUUCAGCGGAUGGGAAAAGAUUGGCUUCUGUUGGAAUAGAUGACAAUCAUACUAUUGUACUCUGGGACUGGAAGAAAGGAGAAAAGCUUUCAGCAGUAAGGGGAAGCAAAGAUAAGAUUUUUGUUGUUAAGAUUAAUCCUUAUAUGCCUGAAAAAUUGAUUACAGUUGGAAUUAAACACUUGAAAUUCUGGCGUAGAGCAGGGGGAGGACUAAUUGGGAGAAAGGGCUGCAUAGGUGCAAUGGGAAGAGCCGAUACAAUGAUGUGUGCAGUAUAUGGCUGGACUGAAGAGAUGGCAUUCUCUGGAACUUCCACAGGGGAUGUGUGUAUCUGGAGAGAUGUGUUUCUCAUAAAAACUGUCAAAGCACACGAUGGUCCUGUGUUCAGCAUGCACGCAUUAGAAAAAGGAUUUGUCACUGGAGGAAAGGAUGGGGUAGUAGCUCUCUGGGAUGAUACUUUUGAACGCUGUCUCAAAACCUAUGCCAUCAAAAGGGCUGCUUUGGCCCCUGGGUCUAAAGGACUCCUCUUAGAAGAUAAUCCUUCUAUACGUGCCAUUUCUUUAGGACAUGGUCAUAUUUUAGUAGGCACAAAGAAUGGUGAAAUAUUGGAGGUAGAUAAAAGUGGACCAAUAACUCUUCUGGUUCAGGGUCACAUGGAGGGGGAAGUUUGGGGUCUAGCUACUCAUCCUCAUUUACCCAUUUGUGCCACUGUAAGUGAUGACAAAACCUUAAGAAUAUGGGAUUUAUCUCCUAGCCAUUGUAUGUUAGCUGUUCGCAAAUUGAAGAAGGGAGGCAGAUGUUGCUGCUUUUCUCCUGAUGGGAAAGCAUUAGCAGUUGGUCUAAAUGACGGAAGUUUUUUGAUAGUUAAUGCAGAUACCCUGGAGGAUCUAGUCUCCUUCCAGCACAGGAAAGAUGUUAUUUCAGAGAUCCGAUUUUCUCCAGGAGCUGGAAAGUAUUUAGCUGUGGCAUCUUGUGACAAUUUUGUUGAUAUUUACAAUGUAAUGAGCAGUAAACGAGUAGGGAUCUGCAAGGGGGCCUCCAGUUAUAUAACACACUUGGACUGGGACAUAAGAGGUAAGCUCUUGCAAGUCAACACUGGUGCUAAAGAGCAGUUGUUUUUUGAAGCUCCUCGUGGAAAAAAACAAACAAUUCCUACUUUGGAGGUAGAAAAGAUUGGCUGGGCAUCAUGGACAAGUGUUUUGGGCUCUUGCUGUGAAGGAAUCUGGCCAAUAAUUGGUGAAGUCACAGAUGUAACUGCUUCAUGCCUCACUAGUGACAGUAAAGUAUUAGCCACAGGAGAUGAUUUUGGAUUUGUGAAACUGUUUCGUUACCCUGCUAAAGGAAAAUUUGGAAAAUUUAAGAGGUACGUUGCCCACAGUACCCAUGUAACAAACGUCCGUUGGACCUAUGAUGACAGUUUGUUGGUCACUGUUGGAGGAGCAGACACAUCUUUAAUGCUGUGGACAUAUGAGAUGGAAGGACAUCGAGAUAGCCGGCAGUGUGACAGUGAAGAAUCUGACCUAGAUUCUGAAGAAGAUGGAGGUUAUGACAGUGAUGUGACAAGGGAAAAUGAAAUUAAUUACACCAUCAAAGCCUUAUCAACAAACAUUAGACCAAUGUUUGGAAUUAAGCCUCAUCUACAACAAAAGGAGCCAACCUUAGAUGAAAGGCAGGGGGUAGUGAGACCACCAGUUAGUAGGGCAUUGCCACAGCCUGAGAAACUUCAAACAAAUAAUGUUGGGAAAAAAAAGAGACCUAUAGAGGACCUAAUUUUGGAGCUGGUGUUUGGGUACCGAGGCAAGGACUGCAGGAACAAUGUGCAUUAUUUGAAUGAUGGUGCUGAUGUAAUCUAUCAUACUGCAUCUAUUGGGAUCUUGUAUAAUGUGGCAACAGGUUCUCAGUCUUUUUACCAAGAACACAAUGAUGAUAUUUUGUGCCUCACUGUAAAUCAGCACCCCAAGUUUACCAACAUAGUGGCAACUGGCCAAGUAGGAGACUCAGCAGAUAUGUCAGCUACAGCUCCUUCUAUUCAUGUGUGGGAUGCAAUGAACAAACAGACAUUAUCGGUACUGCGCUGCUACCAUUCAAAGGGAGUUUGCUCAGUCAGUUUCAGUGCCACUGGUAAACUGCUGCUCUCUGUAGGGCUUGAUCCUGAACAUACCAUUACCAUUUGGAAAUGGCAGGAAGGUGCCAAAAUUGCCAGCCGAGCCGGUCAUAACCAGCGCAUAUUUGUAGCAGAAUUCAGACCAGAUUCAGACACCCAGUUUGUUUCUGUGGGUGUGAAACAUGUGAGGUUCUGGACACUGGCUGGAAGAGCUCUUCUCAGUAAAAAAGGGCUACUGAGUUCCAUAGAAGAUGCCCGAAUGCAGACAAUGCUGUCUGUAGCUUUUGGAGCUAAUAACUUGACGUUUACAGGUACUAUCAGUGGAGAUGUUUGCGUUUGGAAAGAUCAUGUGUUGAUACGAAUUGUGGCCAAAGCUCACAAUGGACCAGUUUUCACAAUGUACACCACGUUAAGAGAUGGCUUGAUUGUUACAGGAGGCAAAGAAAGGCCAUCAAAGGAAGGAGGAGCAGUUAAACUAUGGGAUCAGGAAUUGAAACGAUGUCGUGCGUUCAGACUGGAGACAGGACAAAUAACUGACUGUGUUCGCUCUGUUUGUAGGGGCAAGGGAAAAAUUCUUGUUGGCACAAGAAAUGCUGAAAUAAUUGAAGUUGGAGAGAAAAAUGCUGCAUGUAACAUUCUAAUUAAUGGUCAUAUGGAUGGACCAAUCUGGGGCCUCGCAACACAUCCUUCCAGAGAUUUUUUCCUUUCUGCUGCAGAAGACGGCACAGUAAGACUCUGGGAUAUUGCUGAAAAGAAGAUGCUGAACAAAGUCAGCUUAGGGCACGCAGCUCGUACUGUUUGUUACAGCCCAGAAGGUGAUAUGGUAGCUAUUGGCAUGAAAAACGGAGAAUUUAUUAUCUUGCUUGUGACUUCUCUGAAAAUUUGGGGAAAAAAAAGAGAUAGAAGAUCAGCUAUCCAGGAUAUCAGGUUUAGCCCAGAUUCUCGUUAUUUAGCAGUCGGUUCCAGUGAGAAUGCAGUGGAUUUUUAUGAUUUGACAUUGGGCCCCACACUAAAUCGAGUCAGCUAUUGCAAGGACAUCCCAAGUUUUGUGAUCCAGAUGGACUUCUCUGCAGAUAGCUGUUAUCUCCAGGUAUCUACUGGGUCUUACAAAAGGCAAGUCUAUGAAGUGCCUUCAGGAAAACAGCUUGUGGACCAGGCUGUGAUUGACAGAAUAACUUGGGCUACUUGGACAAGUGUUCUAGGUGAUGAAGUAAUUGGAAUCUGGUCCAGACAUGCUGAAAAAGCUGAUGUAAACUGUGCCUGUGUCUCUCACUCCGGAAUCAAUCUUGUAACAGGCGAUGAUUUUGGCAUGGUCAAACUGUUCGACUUCCCAUGUCCCGAAAAAUUUGCAAAACACAAACGCUUUUUAGGUCACUCUGCCCACUUAACCAACAUUCGAUUUACAAGUGGAGACAGAUACGUGGUUAGUGCUGGAGGGGACGACUGCAGCUUAUUUAUUUGGAAGUGUGUGCAUAUGCCUCAUUGAGGGAGACAUGGAGACUUGCAAAGAGGAUGCUGCGUGAAGCACCAGGCAUGAAAUACCCAGGAUUGCAAUGUGAUAUUCUACUGUGCCCUGCAUGCUUAAGAAAUGGUGCUGAUCCAAGACGCAGAGUAAUCUGUCUCUAAAAGACAAGUAUCUAGAGUCUGUCAGAAGGAUAGACUGUAGGAAAUAUGCUGAGGCCAUUAGAUUAACUUCUGUAAUCCGGGUUUGUAUUUCACUCACUGCCAGAUGUUGAAAAUGAAAAACAUGGAUAAAAGAAAAAAGGGAAUUAUUAGUCAGUGUACAGUAUCACAGUAAGAUCCUGGGUUUCUAAUCAAAAGAUGUUAUUUCUGAUCUAGUACUGUACAUUGAUCUGUUCUGAGCAUGAAUGUUUCUGCUUUAAGUUUUGGGGGCUGAAAAUCAUUGGAAAAAGAGUAUUCCGUAUUUUAUUACUGAAAGAAACCAUAUAUUAAGUCUUAAAUAUAUAGUAUUUUAAUAAAUGUUUAAUUAUUAUAAUGGCAAAUUAUAUUUCUAUGACUGAUCAAAAGGAAGCAUCAUUUGAUGAAGCAGAAAAUAAGACAGCCGAUUCCUUAGGGCUUAAGUAUUUCUAUAUUUAGAGGCCUGGGUCACAAUCAUGUCUGGUGAAAGCUGCUGGAUAUGCAUGAUCUUCAUGGCUAAUUUAGUGUUUUUGUUGCACUUAAACAUUAAAUUAGUUCUGUGAGCAAAAUCAUAUUUGCUCACAUUGUGAGUGCCUUGCCCACAACCUAAAAGUCUAACUCCAAUUUUUGCCUUGUGAAUAAAAGUUAUUCUCAGUGGAAGAGAGAUUAUUGCUGUGCUACUUGACUGGGCUGCUAGCCUCUAUGCUGGAAACAUGGACUAAGGUGAGAAUUUUGUAACCUUCAUAAUUGAUAAGGCUUGGGAUAUCACCAGUUGCAAAAAUAGAAUUUCAUAGCAAUAUGAAUUAUUUUCUCAGCAUCACAGGGGAAUUCAGAGAGAAUAUGAAAUUUCCAAACUCUAUAUUUUGUGCAUUUUAACUUUUUAGCAGAGUUGGGACUAGCUGGGACAAGUGUCUACUCAGAUUUCUCUCCUGAUUGUAAAAUACAUCUGAUCAUAUGCUUCUUUAAAUGGGCCUGCUGUCACCUCUAGCAGAAGUGCAUUUAUUCUAUCCUGCAACACAGCUGAGGUGAGAAAAAAAAACACAUUUCAGCGAUGGUGAAAACCUGAAGACUGUACCUGGGGUACUAGUGAGGAAUAUUUAAUCAGCUAUUUGUCUAAGUCAUGUCAUAGGGAUGUGCUACCAACUGAACCUGUUUUUUAAUCAGUGCAGUUAUUUUUUCAUGCAACAUGGGAGGGAAUAGAAGUAACUAAUUAUCAGCACUACUCACAGUUACAUUCUGAUAGGAACAUAGAGUUCUUUUCAUCUGUGUAAGUCAGUGUUGCUUUAAUGAUGCCAUUUGUUUCGGUCAGUCAGUAGAUUUGAUAUUAUUCCCCUCUUGCAUUCUCUUACGCCAGAUAUGUGACAUAAACCUCAUCUCUUCUUGUAAGCAUCUUGUGUACUUGGUGGUUCUAGGGGGAAUGGGAGGGUUUGCGUGUGGAAGAGGAAGGGGAAAAAAGUUAAUGAGCCAGACUUUCGUGCUCUCCUAGGUCCAAAAAUGUCUGUUAUAUACUCUACAAAGCUACCUGCCCCACAGUCUUAGAUAAUAUUCUUUAUAUAUCAAGAUAUAAUAAAUAUUUAUUUUAAAGAAGUUAAUGAACUAGACUAUUGCCAGGUUUCUUGGCUUGAUGCUUCUCUGCAAAGUCUUGCCAGUCAUGCAGCUGCUAUUCUGCAGGAUCAAAUACUCUGUGAAUACGGUCCAUGAGUGUAGAGGGAAAUCUUAUCAGUAACAUUUUUGAUUUUAGGGGAAUUGCGUCUGAGAAAUGAGACUAGACCUGAUUUGUAUCAUAAUCUUGUUGCCUGUCUGCCUGUUUUGUGUGAAAAUUAGUAACCGACAUUUAAAUCUUGGCCAGAGAAAUCAAUUGUAAUAUGCUAUGCUAUAGCUGUAACUCUUUCCCUUUUUAAACACAUCUGUGAAGGACUUCUUGACUUGAAGUAAGAUUUUUUUCCUGCCUCUAUUUUAAGGUUCCCUUUUAUCAGUUUAAGUUGGAUGGCUGUUAAGAGCUCCUUCAUAGUCUGUCCAACACAGACUGCCAGAACAAAGUCCAUUUUCUGCCUCUUAUAAGUUUUCCCCUCAAAAUCCUAGGCUCAGUAUCUCAUAUCCUUAGGAUUUUCUGUAGACUUUCAUCUGAUGCUAAGACAUAUGUGGACCAUCAAGUUUUGUUCCUUAUCCCUGUAGUAUCGUCACUGAUCGUGUCCUCUUCGCCUCUGUUAAUCUAACUGUGCCUCUCCACUGAUAAUUUGUCCUUGGUGCUUUUUUCCUGAGAAAUCUCAAAUGCCACAUGAGUGGUGGAGUACCAGCAGAAAGCUGAUGGGUGGAUUGCAGUAGGGCAAGACUGAGAGUGGCAGUGCAACAGUCCAAGCUCCAUUUCUCCCUGCUUCUUCAUUCCUUUCCAAACCUCAUUCCAGCUGGAAAGGGCUGGGAGCUGGGGCAGGGGCUGGAAGCUGAGGAGUGUUAGAAACAAAACUACCAGCCUUGUUCUGCCUGUUGAAGCCAAAUUGGCAGCUGGUAUUUUCCCUGACAAAGUGCUCAGGGGUUUGCAUGGUAAAAUGUGGUCAGCCAGCAGGGAAUGGUCACGAAUGGUGAGGAGAGGAGAGGAGAGGAGUGAAUAUGGCCUCAGUUGCAGGUUUGUUCUUGAGGACCACUUGGAGAAUGUUUUGUGCAAUCAGCUGGCUGCAGGCAUGCUUCAAGAUGGCAGCUUUGCGGUCUUUGUGGUCUUUGUGAUGGUGCUUGUUAUUGUGCCUCAUUUGCUGUUUACAUUAAGUGCUACUUUAGUAACUUGCUAACUGUUGCCACCCAGAUUGGUGCUUGAAGCGUAUGCAGAAGGCAGCAGACUGCCUGUGUCAGUGUACACUGGGACCUUGUAGCUGGUUCUCAGAAGAGAGGCAGGGGCUGACGUGACCUGAGAAGCAGGAAGAAGGAAGCAUCGAAGCAUGCGCAUCUCGAAGCGCAUCGAGAAGGAAGCUGGAAUGCGGAGGGAUUGGUCACAGCCUUGUGCUUGCAACCAUUGGAGAGAAGAAAAGUGGGCUAAAAGACUCGAUCAAGAACUGGGGAAAGCCUUUUCUGUGAUUAUGAAGUGCUAAGGAAGUGGAAGCAAUACUUCUUUUCUUACUUGUAAUGGAUUUAUUUUCUAGCUUAAUUGUCUUUCGAAGUCUGUGGUUAGCAGCAAACAUAUCUUUGGGAUCUUUAAAGUCAGCAAUACAGAACAGUCAGCUAGGACCGUCUGGUCCUUCUGCCUGACCACUUCAGGGCUAACCAAAAGUUCAGACAUGUUUUGAGGUCUCUUGAAAGAAGAAAAAGAGAACUGUUUCAAGGAAAACAAAAUGUAAUUUCACCUGAAAAAAAUACACUCUUGAAAGCUAUUUAAAUAUGCUUAGAAAAAAAAAAAAUAGGCGGCAAAUCAAGCUCCUAAGUACAAACAAAAAUUGAAUACAUUCAGAACUGAAAAUUACCAUGGUUUAGGAACUGAGGAACACAGUUUAGGGUAGAGGGAACUAAUAAGCCAAAUGUGUUGAGUCAUUUAGACUUGGAAUCUUAAAUUUCUCAUUCUUAAGGGGGUAGUCAUUGUAUACAAUUUCAGAUUUUGAUAGAGAAGGCAAUAGAUUACAUGAAAUUAGAGACAAAAGAAAGCGCUUCAGAUAAUUAAGGCUACUUUACAACUUGGUUUUGAUAGUUGAAGGAAAGCUUCAGAGCAGCUUCUGUCUGGCUUAAUAUCAGGUUUUGAACUUUACACAAGUCAUGUUAAUGCUGAUUUGGAAUUGCACCACUAGAAAGCAAACAUGACUUAUCUCCUGGAUCUGGAAACUAGAUCAAAAUAAAGGACUUGAAUACCUAGAGCAGAACUUUGACAGCAUUCAGAGUGGCUUAGUUUAAACCUAAACCAGUUCUCUCAGCUGCUGCCUAAUCCCUUUUCUGACUUCCAAAUUUGCCAAGGCAAAUGAAUCCUUCUUUCAACAAGCCCCGAGCACCUGUUUGUGCUGCACCUGACCUGCUUUCUAGAUUGCACCCAACAGAGCUCAAGUCUCCACUCGCAGAUGGAUUUCACUCUAGAUCUAUACUUGGAAGUCUUAGUAUGUUGCACCUUGCUCUGUAUGGUGUAGUAGUGGGACAGGCUAAGGAUCUUGGUUUCAAAUACAAUUCUUAUGCAGGCAAGAUGAUGUAUUUCUCUAUUUCAUUAUCAGUGUCACAGAUGUGACAAGCCUUAAUCUUCUAAGAUUCUUUUUAUUCUGUUAGCACAAACAAAUGUUAACAUAGACAAAUGUUGUUUUGUCAGUGUUUUGGACAAAGUGAAUCAUCCUGUAGGCUUUACAGAAAGGGAAGUCAGAAUAAAUUGUCACAUCUGUGAUUUCAGCAUCGCUCGCUGCAUUGCAUUUGCAUACCCUUGUUCUGACAGCUUUCUUAUGCUUCUUUGCAAUCUGCUCUGUUUUCCUAAAGUUUAUGGCACCAUUCAAUCUUUGCUCACGUAUAUAGAUACAUGAGCUUGCCAAAGCCUACUAUGCAUUCUUGAUACCAAUCACUGUGGCAUGGUCAGACCAAAACCAUUUCUUUGGUUCUCUCUGGCAUCUGAACUUCAACUUUGACUUCAGACUUACUUAAAUUCUGCAGAUCUCAUUUCAGGAGGGAAAAAGAAGUUUUAGGUAUAUAAUAUGCACAAGAGCCACAAUAGGUUACCUUGCCAAAAUCAUUCAUUAGUAAGUAAUAAUUACUGGGUGGGUUUGUUUUUUCCCACUCUAUUUGAUGCUAGAACUGAUAACUGCUUACCACCCCCUUCUCAGUUUACUUGCAGCAUAAUAGUCAUAACUCUCAUCUGGUUUUUGUUAACUCAGUUAAGCCACUAAUCCAACUAAAUCACUUUAAGAAAAAGGAGAGGGAAAAAAAGAAAAGGUGCAGAGUAUGUUCAAUAGGCAAUUGUCACAAUUUCAUACACUUCUUAAACCGUGGAAGACAAGAUGAAAGUGAUGCAAUUGAAAACCAGUAAUAUAAACCCAGAGAGAAGGAGAAAGAGGGAAGCAAAACAAGGGGAAAUGAAGAAAGGAAAGCUUAUAAAUAGGCAAAGGCGAGGCCGAAGGACUGGCACAAGUGGUGGAUGGGGAGCAGCUCUAUGCAAAGAGCAAAUGUCUUGUUUCAGAUGGAAGGUCUUCAGGGAUGGCUUGUGGGGUUGGAGGACUGGAGAACAGUAGUGUUAAGUAAAUAGUGCUCAGGGAAAGGCUGCUGGCAACUUCGUUUGCUGGCUUUGGGGAGAUGCAGGUGCUUAUCUGUUGCUCUUUCCACUCCUGUGCCUAAUUUAGCAUUUUACCAUUUAGCACAGGGGUGCAGCAGCUAACAUCAGUUACCACUGUUGCAGCGUAUGCAUGUUGGUAACAAAACAGUAUUGAUAGAAAAAUGCUUUGUGAUUUUGAGAGCUCAGGUAAAAGAGUUUAAAGCUGUAUUUUAAAAUGCUACUUAUCUUUCCCACAUAAACCAAGAAUGGAUUUGUCUUAAUAAGCCUCUUCUGUUUUUUAUCCAUAUUUUAGUUUGUUGCGCAAAUGGGCUUAAAUGCUUUCUUUAAGCAACAUUUUUAAACCAAAGAAACAUUAUACUUUGGAAAACUUCACAGCCAGCCUCCAUCAGGGGCCUUGGGUGUGCAGGGAGCAAUCUGAGGCACACGUGGGCUUAAUGGUCCUGCAGUGGUUCUGUCUUGGGCCUCCAAACGUAGGUAUGAUAAAUCAGAGGAGAGGAAUGUAAUGUAGGCCUGUAAAUACCUAUCAGUAGGAACAAAUUGGUGAAGUGAUUACAAAAUAAGGAAAUACAAUCUUAAGGUGAGCUUUACCUUUAAAAUCCAAACUUGGUACAGGUGCUACUGAGAUGGCAAACCUUGACUUUUAUCUGUCGCGACUCUUGCUAAGAAACAUCAAAUCUCUGCACAACUUUCUGAACUAUUCUGAACCUGCUAGAGGACAGCUGAGUUUGGCACAUGAGAGGCAGUGUGUGUCUGGAUUUCUCUUUCAAAAGCCAAAACCUAGAAUUUUUGUUUCAACUGUUUGCUGUGGAAUUGCCUCAAGUCUCUGCAAAGGAAUUUUGUCUUUUACUUACUUGCACUUCUCUUUUGGUUUGGGCACAGGUGUUGUGUAGGAGCUUAUUUGAAAAGAAAGCAAAAUAUAUAUAUAUAUAUAUUGACUGUUUUUGAUCCCAUGUUUCAAAGAUGUGUUUGACUACUCUUUAUGCUCAAGUAUUGCCCGGAGCUGAAUGGCACUGACUGCAGCCCCCCCCUGUUUGCCUGGGACUCAAGGUCUUUUCCUCUGACUUUGCUACAUUCUUACAAUUGUGUCACACCAUUUCAGCUUUGAAGCAGGCCCAACAGAACUGACAAUUUCAGUUUACAGGAGUAGCACUGUUCAUGCUUUACCAGUCUUUCAUAACAUGACUUCUUCCCCAGGGGACAAAUGUUGUUAUCCCAGGUAUUUCUUGUAACUGCAGCUUUCACGUAGUGCCAUCGUCAGCUGUUCUCAGUUGGUCUGAGCAGGAGAUGAAUGACUAAGGAUAAAGAUGUAGAUUACUGAAGUGAGUAUUGCACUGGUUGGUUCUGAAAAGGAGAUUUAGUAGGGCUAUAGUUAUUUUCAGUCCUCUGCAGGAUUAUAAGCCUGUUGGGAGGAAAUGAAAGUUCUUCACAUAAUAUCCAACAAUUCAUUUAUUAGCUUUUGCCAUUAUUCUCCCAUAGGCACUAUUAAUCUAACCUCCACCAAGCAUGAACACUGGCACAAAUUGCAUGGAAAAAAAAUGGUUUUCUGUACUUCCGUGAAAUGUUGGUGCUGUUGGGUAGUAGGGGUAGUACCUUCCAUAGCUCUGCUCUGUUUUUCCUUUACUUGCUGCUACGUAGCUUUGUGUUGUGUUUUCAGAAUCAAAAAGUAGAUAUCUCUUGUUUAAAAAAAAAGAAAAAAAGAAAAGAAAACAGCACAGUAUUUGGUAAUUACGAGCUUAGUUUAUGCUUUUUAGCUCAGUUGUGAGUAGACAGCAUAAUAUACAAAAUAAUGGAAAAGCUGCACUGCUACUUUGUGAGGAAGGUUGAUGCAUUUUUAAUGUAAAAUUUAACAUAAGCAUACACUCAAGACCACAGUGAUCAUUUAAAAUAAUGUAACGAUCUAAGUAACUGCGUUACACUCAUUCCGUUUAAAAUAUAUAUGCACUUUUAGCUUUAGAGCUGGGUUUAGUCACCUUUUUUUUUUUAAGCAGAACAGAGUGCGCAGCUUGCCUUACACUGAACCUUGUCCAGUGGGCUCCAAGACAGAUAUCUGAGCUGCUGAAAUUCGGCAAGGAAGGGAGUGAUAAUUUGCUCCUGCCCUUACAAAUUGUCUUGUCAUCUCACUCUGAAAAGGAAAAAAGAACUUCACGGUGGCAGCUAGUUCUGAAAGGAGCAGCUAAUGAAGGCAUUGGGAAAAUUAAAAAUAAAUAAAUAAACCCCAUAAUUUUAAGUCUUCUACCUGGGAAAACAAAACAAAACAGAACAUUGCAGCAUUGUUCCUUACAAAGCCAAGAGCCUGUCCUCUGCUAUUCUCCUCCUGUCAGGUCACCUUAGGAGAAUAUUUUACUGUAGUUCUUUAAGCUUAAAAUCCAGUUGUCUGUUUAGAUUUGUUGUGUUUCAUUAUGGAGUGUGUCAGAUAAUCCCUUUUGCUUUAACCAAAAAAAAGUAUAUAUUUUGAACUAGUCCAAAGGUAUGGUCAUGUAUUACUGUAAUAAGGAUCAUGGGUUUAAGUGUACUCCAUGUUGGUUUCCACCAUGAAUGUCUAUUUCCUGUAACAAUGUUGUAUGUUUAUUUAAAGUAAAACAUAUAUAUAAAAAAGUAUAAAAAAUAUAUAAAUGAAACAUCAGCUUUUUGCAUUAAGAUUUUUUAAAUUUGAUUAUGAACCUUGAGUACUUUAAUUCACGUUUAAAAAAAAUUAGAAAUAACUUCCUGGAGCAUUACGUUUCAGAAUUCAAGACUGUAUCUGUCAAAUUUAAUUUUAAAAUAUGUAGCUAAUGUCGUUUUCUGAUAUCAAAUGUAAAUAUUUGUAAAAAGAAAUUCUUUUGUAUAUUUUUGUGAAAAUGUAGCUUCCCAACAGAUCCGAAACAUUUAAUAAAAAAGUGCAUUCAUGUUACUGCUCCCCAUCUUCCAUCAUUACAACACCCAUUAACAGAUUCACCGUCACCUAUGGGGAAUUUUCACAGGAAGUUUUCUCAAGGAGUUAAUUACCACAUGUCCAGGAUUCAGGUGUGCUGCAAGAAAAAAGAGAUUUUUAAGAAACAGAGAGACGUUCUCUCUUCCAGUUAUGAAGGAUGACACCUGGAAACCAUUUCCUUUCAAGUGAAGCAGUGUUUAAUUUCGUAAGUAAGUUUUCUGAAUAGAGCACAUCACAUAACUGCUGAAUUGUUCUUGCUUACGAAGUGUCUUUGUGCCCUUGUAUGCUGCUGUUUGAGAAAGCAGCCGGGGUAUGAUGACUAUUACACGGAGAAAAAAAAUCCAACAGACAAACCAGUAACUUUUCCUUCCCUGUGAACAGGUGAAGGGUUCAAUCGGUGUUUGCUAGGACAAUGCUACGUGUCCAUA